AGUGUCUCCAUCCACCUAUAUAAACUCUCAAAGAGCUGUGAAGCUCAAAGCACCAUCUAGAUUGGACUAGCAAGAAUCCAUGGCUAUGCAAGGCAGAACCGGCAUAGCCCUCAUAGCGGCGCUCUGCGCCGUGUGCUUGCUGCCAGGUCUGGCCACGGCGCAGCUCCGGGUGGGGUUCUACCAGAAGAGCUGCCCCAACGCCGAGGCGCUUGUCCGGCAGGCUGUGGCGGCCGCCUUCACCAAGGACGCUGGCAUCGCCGCCGGCCUCAUCCGGCUCCAUUUCCAUGACUGCUUUGUCAGGGGCUGCGACGCCUCAGUUCUGCUGGCCACCAACCCCGGCGGUGGCAGGACAGAACGGGUGGCUCCUCCGAACAACCCCAGCCUCCGCGGCUUCGAGGUGAUCGACGCGGCCAAGGCCGCGCUCGAACGGAGCUGUCCCCGCACCGUCUCCUGCGCCGAUAUCCUCGCCUUCGCGGCGCGCGACAGCAUCACCCUCACCGGCAACGUAGUCUACUCUGUCCCCGCCGGCCGCCGCGACGGCAGCAUCUCUCGCGAGGAGGACGCCAACAACAACCUGCCCCCGCCGACCUUCACCGCGCAGCAGCUCAUCGACCGUUUCAAGAACAAGACCCUCACCGCCGAGGAGAUGGUCCUCCUCUCCGGCGCCCACACCGUCGGCCGGUCCUUCUGCUCCUCCUUCGUCGACCGCAUCUGGAACGGCAACACGCCCAUAGUGGAUGCAGGGCUGAGCCCGUCGUACGCGGCGCAGCUGCGGGUGCUGUGCCCGUCGAACACGUCGCAGGCGACGGCGCCGAUCGACCCGGGCUCGCCCAACGUGCUGGACAACAACUACUACAAGCUGCUGCCGCGCGGCAUGGGGCUCUUCUUCUCCGACAACCAGCUGCGGGUCGACGGGAACCUGAACGUGCUGGUGAACCGCUUCGCGGGGAACGAGACCCUGUGGAAGGAGCGCUUCGCGACCGCCAUGGUGAACAUGGGCCGCAUCCAGGUGCAGACCGGGAACUGCGGCCAGGUACGGCUUAACUGCAACGUCGUCAACCCGAUGUCGUCGUCGGUCAGCCUGGCGGGCUCAGUCGAAGAUGAUGGCCUCGCUGCCACGAGCUAGCCGAGAAUGACGCAUCGCCACGAAGUAGCCGAGACUGACGCACACACUUGGUGCACCGGCCGCGUCAGUUUGCCCUCUUUUUCAUCGGAUUUGCUAAUAAUCAGUGUUUUACUCGCCGUCGCCCAUGUCUUUUUUUUUUUAGAAUCAUCGUCGCCCAUGUCUGCACCGUGCAUGUGUGCACUUUUAUUUUAUUUUACGUCCGAGUUGCCGCAUGUGCCGAGUUUGUUUUGUCGCCAAUCGGAAUGGAACUCUACGCCUUCGUUAA